AUGUCGUUUCAGCGGAAACAGGAGAAGGAUUUCACCAAGGAGGUCAAGGAGCUUACGCCUCAAGUCGAGGCGCUCGCCAAGGACGGCAAGCUGAGCGAGGCUGUGGACCGUAUCUCUGCGCUCGAGAAGCAGACGCGUAAUGCCUCGGAUAUGCCGUCGACCGCGUCGCUGCUCACCCUCAUCGUCCGCCUUUGCUGGGAACAGAAGGACCUCGACGCACUCAACACCCAGCUCACGCUCAUGAGCAAGAAGCACGGCCAGCUCAAGGAGGCCGUGGUGCGUAUGGUCGACGAGGCCAUGCCGUACCUAGACACUUUGGAGGACGAGGAGAAGAGCAAGCCCAAGGGUGGUCGUUGGCUCGAGCUCCUCAACACUCUCCGCGACAUCACCGAGGGCAAGAUCUACCUCGAGCUCCAGCGGGCUCGACUUACCGCCCAACUCGCCACUUAUCACGAGACGCUGGCCCAGAGCGCGCCCAAGGAGGAUGCGAAGCAGCGCGAAGACCGGGAGAAGAACGAGGCAAAGGGUGACGAGAAGGUUGAGAAGGAGCCUGUGACUGCCGAGGACCACAUCAACGCCGCGGCAGACCUUAUGAGCGAUAUCCAGAUCGAGACGUAUAGCUCGAUGGACAAGCGCGAGAAGACCAACUUUAUUCUCGAGCAGAUGCGCCUUGAAUCUCUCCGCGGUAACUGGAACAAGGUGCGCGUUGGGAGCCGCAAGAUCAACCGCGUCUACCUCAAGGAGAAGGAUGCGUCCGACCUCAAGCUCAGGUACUACGACCUCAUCGUCCACCUCGCUCUCCAGGAGGACAACUACCUCGAGGUCUGCAGCGCCUACCAGGCCGUGUGGGACACGGACGAGGUCAAGGCCGAUGAAGCGCGCGAGCUGAACGUCAUUGAGAACAUUAUCAUGUACGUCGUGCUGGCGCCGUACAGCAACGAGCAAAGCGACAUGCUGCACAAGUUGUACGCGGACCAUAGACUCGAGAAGGCACCUCUGAACUACGCCCUCCUCAAGUGCUUUGUGACAAAGGAGCUCAUGCGCUGGCCCGGCAUAGAGAGCUUAUACGGCACGGAACUGCGCAAGACCCCCGUGUUUGCGCCCGACUCGGACCUCGGCACCAAGACUGGCCAGCGGGCAGAGGAGGAGCGCAAGAAGGGGACCAAGAUCCUUCCCCCAGGCGAGUCACGGUGGGAGGCACUCCACUCGCGUGUGGUCGAGCACAACAUCCGCGUCAUUGCCGCCUACUACAGCCGUAUCACACUGCAGCGCCUUACCGAGCUGCUCGACCUCCCUGCCCUUACGACCGAGCGGACACUGUGCAAGCUUGUGACGGACAAGACGGUGUAUGCGCGCAUCGACCGGCCAGCCGGCGUGGUCAACUUCCAGCGGCCGCGCAAGACUAACGAGACGCUCAACGCUUGGAGUACCGACAUUUCCAAGAUGCUCAGUCUUGUUGAGAAGACGAGCCACCUCGUCUCAAAGGAGUAUGCGAUGCACGAGGCCGCGCAGGCGGGCCGCAAGAAGGUCAAGGCGUAG